AUGGCGGCCGCAGUCUGCGCCCUGGCCGUCGCCUUGCUCCCCUCGGGCGCAUCGGCCUCCGGGGCCGCCUGGGACCUCAAUGCCUUCGACCUCUGCAAGCAGGUCGGCCUGCCUUACGUCGACGACAACGCCUCCGGCGCGACGUACAACUCCGACACCGGCAGCCUGUGGGUCGUCACGCGCUCGCCCAACCACCUCGUGGAGCUCAGCCAGCGCGGGGAGUUCCUGAGGAAGGUGUCCUGGCACGGCUUCGACGACCCAGAGGGUGUGGCAUGGGUUGGCGGGCACUAUCUGGCAGUGGUGGAGGAGCCGACGCAUGGCGGCAUCACGGUCGUCAACGUGGCUCCCGGUGUUGCUGACGUGUAUCAGGGAAGAACAGCUGUAGGCAUUGAAGUUUGGAGUAAUGCCGGACUCGAAGGAAUUGCAUACAACCACCAGAAGGGCGUGUAUUACGUCGUUCAAGAGAAGGGUCCGAAGCGAGUGGUGGAAGUGCAUAAAAGCGGGUAUCACAAGGAACUAUUCAAUUUGGAGAGCGUGGGCGUUGGCGACCUGAGCGGAAUAUAUUACUCUUCCAGCAUCGACAAUUUAUUCAUUCUGUCACAGGAGUCCAGAAGCGUCAUAAGACUUGCGAUGGACGGAAAUUCAGUUCAGCAGAGAUGGGAUAUAGGUGGAGACAGACCAGAGGGAAUUGCUUUCACUCCAGACGGCCAAAAGAUGUUCAUUGUCAGCGAGCCGAGAUCCAUGUCGGUGUAUUCCACCAAUGGGUGCGAUGGAAUCUACUAA